AUGUCAUUUCGUAAUGGCACUUACCGCAGCGAGACGAAACCUUGCAACUUGCUCCAGCUCGACAAGGCUGCCGACGAGGAAACAGCAGAAUUGGCCAACGCUAGGUAUACUCGUACUUCCACGGUAACAGUGGUGACUUGUCCAAUCUCAACAUAUACCCUCGAGACAGGCAUUUCCUCGAAUUUGCCAAGCACCACAGGCACAUGCGUUAGCGCUACGAUCUGUCCGGGAUGCCAGGGACAGCGAUAUGUGAACGGGAAUGGUGCCAGCUACCAAGUCCAGUGCGAUCGGACUUUCAGCGGCAAGGUCAUUGCCGACAAUACCAACGUGGACAUGGUGCAGAAGAGGUCCAUUCGACCUUCCAUUCAGGCGUGUCUCGCCAGCUGCGAUACCACCGACGACUGCGUAGCUGCUGUCCUCACGGGAGAAACGUGUACUCUGUAUUCGUCCAUUGAUGGCAUUGCCCAAUUUGCAGGAGCCCAAGCCGGAGUCAGAUCUGCUUAUGCUGCAACCAAUUCCAUCAUCUUGAGUUCGAUACUGAGCCGCCCAAGUAGCUCAUCGUCGGCCACGCCGUUUUCGGAUCAGCUCUCCAACUACAUUUCCAGCCAACUGUCGGAAAACUCCCCUGUCUCCACCAGUGUAGAUACCAUUGUCUAUAUCACCACGUCGGCGACUUCCUCCUCUUCGGCUUUUAGCAGCGCAGUUGACUCCUACUCCAGUCAGCUUUCAGAGUACUUGUCCAGUCAACUGUCUGCGAAUUCUCCACAAUCGACCAGCCCAGACACAAUUGUCUACAUUACUUCGACUACAACUUCCGCGAGUUCAAGCACUCGGACGAUAGCUUCUAGCCCGACGCCGUCAUCUGAUGCAAGUAUCUCAAGCAACUCAGGGCUUUCGACCUUUACUUCUUCGAGACCAGACCCAGCACAAUCUAGCCCCGCCGGCUCAACAUCAACCACAUCGACCUUACGCUCCACGUCCAACCUGGCCACCUCUUCAUCAGCGAGCAGCAGCUCCACUGCCUUUUCCGGAUCCUCCUCUUUGUCACUUUCAAGCGCAUCAGGAACUUCCGGAAUAUUGUCUUCCUCGAGGACAUCCACGGCGACAAGUUCCACCACUGUAUCAUCCUCAUCAGUAUCUACUCAAAGUCCAAGCAGCAGUAGCCCCAGCCAGUCCUCAAGCUCAGCUAGAAGCUCUUCUAGCAGCUCUCCACCUUCCUCGCCUACCUCUAGUUCUUCAAGUGCUUCUACUUCUGUCAAUCGCUCCUCAACUACUUUGAGUACAACCUCCAGCUCCAGCGGCCUCCCCUCAACGUCUACCUCAUUAACUAGCUCUCUUCGAAGCACUUCAACUAGCUCGUCCACAAGCCUUUCUGCAUCCACCAUCCAAACCUCGAGUUUCUUGAGCAUCACCUCAGCGACAGGUCCAACACCGGUUCCCAACAAUGGCAAACGUGGUCUUUGCUACAACCAGGCAAAUCUGACGAUGCCCUUUUCCCUGUCCGGCCAGAACUCUCGUGUCUCCUGGGCCUACAAUUGGUACUAUCAAGCAUGUCCUAAUGGGCAAACAACAUGCGGCUACAAUCCAGCUAUACAACAUAUUCCACUCCUAUACAGCAACUCUCCGGGCUUGCUCGAUGCCUGGCCCACAGCAGCCCAAAGCGCCAUCAACGCAGGCACGCCUGCUCUCAUGUCAUUCAACGAACCAGACGUUUGUUACGAUGGCUCCGCCUGCAUGAGUGUCAACGCAUCAGUCAGCACGUACCUGCAGUACAUGCAACCGUUCGCGGGUCGAGCACAACUAGGCGCACCCGCCGUCACCAACGCCGGCUCGCCCUCCGGCCUCACCUACCUGGAAUGGUUCCUGGGCAACUGCACCGGCUGCACCGUCGACUUCAUCAACAUCCACUGGUACUCGAACAAGUUCGCCGGCGCCUCCUACUUCGAGUACUUUGUCAACCAGACCCGAGCCAUCGCCCAGGGCCGCCCCAUCUGGGUCACCGAGUUCGCCCUCAACAACGAAAACCCCUACACCCAGGCCGAGCUGCAGGCCUUCCUCCGCCAGGUCAUGCCGUGGAUGGACCAGCAGCCGGAUGUCGCGCGUUACGCCUACUUUAUGGCCGCGCCGGGCAUCCUGAUCAAUUCCGCCGGCUCCGAUCUCAGCGGCACCGGCGUCGUGUAUAAUAAUUUCACCAACGCCACCCUCCAGCCGGAUCUGUUCUGA